ACCAAAGGAAGCUAUAAAAUGUUAAAAAAGAUUCCACACCUGUAACGACUACUUUUACAAGCAUUGCCAACGUUCAUUUCAUUUCUCCUCCUCGACUCUCUCUCUCUCAUAGCCUAACUAGCUCUCGCAAAAAUGAACGAGUCACACUCCGAGUUACCCUUUAACACCACCACCAACUACAAUUGCAACAGUUGUGGUGUUGACAUUCCAACCGAGCUCGUGAGUGAAGAAGAAAUGGAAGAAAUGGCUUCCAUUGAAGCUUCCUUGGCCUCUACUCGCUCUUCACUCUCUUCCUCUGCAGUCCCUGCAAUUUGUUCAACCUCUCAGUCUCAGUCUCACUCUCAGUAUGAGUCGUUCCAGAGAAACGCGAGGUCUAUUCAGUUAAUCACCCUCCGAGCCAAAAGGAGGUUCUCGUUUUGUACAGAACCCUCCGAUAUUGAAGAUUUGGGAAGCCUUAGGAGUAACCAGAAGAAGAAGAGCGGAGUGGCUGGCUCGUUUUUCCACCGCUUUAGGAACAAGACUGGCUUGUUUGUCACAGAUAUCACUGCAACGGAAUGGUGUGAAAAACAAAUGGAGUUUCGUCUUCUCUUUGGCCAGAGAAAGAAUACUGAAGCUAUGAAAAUAGGUCAAGCUCGCCAUGCAAAACUUGAAGAAGAGGAAUGGUGUGAAAAAAAAAUGGAGUUUCGUCUUCUCUCUGGACAGAGAAAGAAUACUGAAGCUAUGAAAACAGGUCAAGCUCGCCAUGCAAAACUUGAAGAAGAGGUUGUAAAAAAAGUGGAUCUUCAUGUCAAAUCAGAUGAGGAUGCAUGGGCUGUGAAGCUUACGAAUUUUAUAAUUGGUGCAAAUCAAUUAUUGCUUGACGGAUUAACACGAGAGCUGCCACUAAUAGGCUUUGCAGAAGGUGUCUGGAUGGUGGGAAUGGUUGAUGAGGUUCGAAUGCCAGUAACUGAAACUGAUAGAAACCCGAUCUUAGUUGACAUCAAGACUCGUGUGCAAGAUACACUUCCUGCAGAACCACAGAGAAGAAAUGGAAGGCUUCAGUUAAUGUGCUACAAGUAUCUGUGGGACAAUUUAGUAGCUGAUAGCUUCUCCUCAAAACAGUUUUUUGAUUUCUUUUCCUUGGAUCCAUCUUAUAUCUUAUCCAAAGAAAUUGGAGAGAACACAGCUAAGUCAGGGUUCCCUGUGGAGACCCUUGAUGAUGUGGUGAGAUGUUAUAGAAAUAUAUGUAGCAAGCUGUCCCCUGCUAAACACGAGCUGUUAUUGAGAUAUGAAUACCAAAAAGAUAAUUCAGUGCUUGGUGAAGAUCGGUUUGCAUAUGACUCGGAUUGGCUCAAGAGUCAAAUUAUGAGCUGCCUUGAGUUUUGGCUGGGAGAGCGAGAAGCCAAUUGCACUCCAAAGGAAGAGCGCUGGAAAUGCAGGCCUAGGUAUUGUCGAUUUUCAUGUGUCUGUCCUACUAACACUAACCCCGAUAGUACACAGGGCCCUGUUACUGACAAUCCAAAUAGUACACCAAGCUAGAGAAGGCGCUGACCAUCUCCUCCAUUGCUUUGAUUAGCAUCCUCAAUAAUGUUGCAGUAAGCAGAUCAUGCAACCUUUCCGCAAAGUGGCUACAGUUUUAUUCAAGCUUCUUUGUCGUAUAUGCUGACCAGAGCCAUAUGGGCUAGCUGUUGGGUCUGUUGUUAGGGAUGUGCUAUAAUUAUGUAUUAUAUUUCUUAUUUAUGCAUCAAAUGUAUCUGUUGUAGGUGAUGAUUCAUUGUUGUAAAAUUGAUUAGCUGAUUGUUAACUUUUCAUUAUCAUAUACAUCCCUCUCUCGCUUUCGUGUGGGUGUGUGUGACUGUGUCCUCAUAGGUGAUGUGUGCAAGCAUAAGCGUGCAUAUUGUGGUUGUCAUUUGACUCAUACAAAGUUGAAGCUUGGCCUGCAUUCAGAAAUAGCCCCUUGAAUUUGCAAUGUAAUGUAAUUAUCGUUGAUGCUUUCCUAGGGA